AUGGCUUGGAGUCUUGCAAAAGAAAGAAACAUCUGCAGCUGUAAACAAGCUCAGGCUGAAGGCGAGGAUGAACUCAAGAAGAGGCAAUUAGUAGAGUUAGCAUUGAUAAAAGGAACGUAUAGAGAUAACACAAACAAAAUUCAAACGAGUAUUGCUGCCACACCACUUACCUCACCCAGAGCAUUGCCAGCUCCAGCCGGUGCCUUAGUACCCCAGCCGAUGAGAUCGCCCACGCCAGCCGCCCAGGCGCACAUACUGGCACCGCAGCUCCUCCCCCGCAUGGCCGCUACCACCAUGGUCAACGGGCUGGGCGGAGUCCAGACGGCGCCCACCACCAUGAUGCACUCCCACGACGGCUCCAAUAUUCUCAUGCCCCUGGACCCCUACCAACAGUAUGCCUUCACGCCGACCAUGUUGGAGUAUCCACCUACAAUUACAGAUGGUUCACUCGGUAUAGCACCCAAGCUACGGCGAGCCAUCAGGGAACAUCCUUACCAGAGGGCAAUGCUUGAUCCAAGAGCCGCCGCGGGCAACUAGCGUAGCCUGAACUAACAUGCAUCCUACGCACUCCAAGUACUCUACUUCGUUUUAUCUUCCCGUGCCAUCAAUGACCUUUGACCUCAUCAUCUGACCUGACCUGACCUUCAUUGCGUUGUAUCAGUUGCCUUCGUUCUUCUUUCAAGUGUUGCAAGCCGCACACUCACACACACACACUCUCGCACACUGGUGAUACUACACACGCUGAGUUUGAAUUAAUCAAUUCUCCUUCGUUAUAUCAAAGAAAACAUAAAGAGAUUAACCAGGAGUGUGAUCAUGUGACUUGCCAUGUGAUCUGCCAUGUGAUCUCACUGCUAAAGAGCUGUGAACUCUUUUAACCUUCUUGCUUUACAUUUAUUCAUUGUAGUUUUGAGGCUUGUUUUUUUUUUAUCGUGCCUGAAAUACAAAAGAAAGAAAAAUACUUCUUUUCAUCAUCACCUCUUAUUAAUGCGAGACAAUGGCAGAAAAAACAUUGUCAUUUUGUUCAAUAUAUAAUAUCACUGUCAUAACUGCAAAAAAAGUCACUUCUGGAAAUAUUUAGAAAAACCCAACUAAUCCAUGAUACGUACUUUAUAAACAAAACUUAUAUCCCUUUUGUUUUGUUGUUAUAGUUUCUGAAUAACCUUCAUGGAAAAAUUGUCCUCAGUAUGCAUCUAAUUUCUAAUGAGAAUAUUCUCUCUCUCUUAUAGGAUGAAAUUUAUAGUUUUCUUUCAUUAUACCAUAUAACAGCUGUUUCAGUGUUGAAACUAUCAUUAUUCCCUGUUUAAUUCUGAAUAUUAUUUGGUUGUGGAAAGGCAUUAGUCUUCCCCCUCAUGGCUGCUAACGAUGUUUGAAAAAAAAAAUUGUUUAUCAUUUGCAUAUUGUAGAUUUCUUGUUAUGAUUUUGUAGUUGAUUAACUGUUGAAGGUCUUUCUAACGAGCUCACUCACACAUGGCGCCCUCUCGUGUCUAAAGGUUGUAUUGAUGUGGAUUCUGAUGAAGAGGCAAAACUCAAUCUGUGUACAAAUAUGGGUAAUCUGGAAAGUUCUAACGAUCCAAUUUAACAUCUUCCAAGCUUUUCCAUUUUUACCCAUUUGCGAAAGGGACAACUCAUCAAAAGCCUAUGGGAACGACAGAAUCUCGACCUUUGAAGGUGAGAUGUCUUCCUCAAAUCUUCCACCGUUAAACAUCAAUUUUAAACACCACAUUAUGUGACAUAAUGUUACCUUGCGCAGAUUCACUUAUAGACCUAUAAAAAAUAGGUUCUUGUCCAUUUUCCUUGAAAGUUGGUCUAUAGAGCUAACCCUGGAAAAAACAUGAGCUGUCCUGGCGAACCUCAUCAUUUCUACUCGCAUUUGACAACCAAGAAGGUCAUAUAUGCUUCCAUGUGGACGUACAUCCUUUUGACGUCGAGUUCCAACGCUUGUUUUGACUGAGCUCCUUAGGCUUCAAGACCUUGUAGCUAUACUAGUGUAACUUUUCAUUGCCAUUUCAUCAUUUUCCCUGUAUGCUUCCAUUUUUAAUUUCCAUCUAAUUUUGUGUAUCUCUCAGACAAACAAAAACACAAACCAGUCAGAUGAAAUGUAAUAACCAUUGCCAACCAAACUAGUGCUCUGAAUUUUUAUUCACAUUGUGGUACAAAUUAAUUUUAUUAGUUUGUAUAUCUUUCCUGAUAACUGUAGAAAGUAGCAAGUUGUUUGUUUUUUUUUCUUUCUCAUUACUUAUUGUCAUAUAUGAUGUGAUAGUCUGUUUAACAAGCAAAUGCUAUUUCACAAGCUACUUUUAUACAUUUAACUUAAUAAGCAGUAACCAGGGUGGACCGGUCAGUUAUUCCUAAUAUUUUUUUGUCUUUAAAAAAAAUAUUGCACCGUGAUAUAUACUUACCACAUUAAUGUAGAGUAUAUGGUUGGGUAUUAUCCAGGUUUUUGUCAUGGCAAUACGAAGGGUGAUGGAACUUUAUUAUAAAGAGCUUAUCAUGAGUCAUAAUAUCACUUGUCACUCUAGGGUGAUGCCAUUGACAUUGAAAAGAAAACAACUCGAUAGAGAGAGAAAGAGAGUAAGAAAUUAUCUGUGCUAAGAUACUCUUCCCUCUAGCACUAAUACCUCAGAAAAAGCUCAUCCGAACAUUGACAGCAAUCCUAAUACGAAAUCGACAUGACUAAUCUACGUGUGUUUAGGCGGCCUAGUGAUAGUUCAAGGUAUUAUGAUUAGCCUCUUUCUGAAGUUGCAUCAUGAAAUCACGCCGUGACAGAAACUUGGAUUGAAUCUGUGAUGACGAUGCCUCCUGCAAGGUGUGUCAAGAAAAAGACGGGACAGAACAAGCGCAGUAACGUUCUGAGAUAUGGCAGUGUGUGUAGCCUGUCUACCUGAAGCACCUGUGAUGUUUCUACCCCAUUUCUUUUUUGACACACCUUGUACUUGGCAAGAAGCAGUGCUAAUUGAUUGUAAUGACUACUUGCCCCUCGUCAAGGUGGUGGGUUCCAAAGUGCCUUCAAGCAGUCUUUCAAAGAACUCCAAUGUCCAUUCUGCAUGAACUAAAUCAUUCUCCUGCAUGCCAGAGUGGAAGGAACCAAACUCUGCAUCCUUAACCUUUUUUUUUUCACUCUCCUCCUCCUCCAUUUAAUUAACGUCCAAAGACUGGUUUUCGUUCAAUUUUUUCAAUCUUAUAUCGGCUUGGGUUUUGAGAGAUGUGGCACUUGUGGAACCCAGUUUGUCCGCUAAAGAGAACACCCUGACGAGGCUGGCAAAAGGUUAUGUUAAGCACUGUAUGGGAGUGUGCUCGGGCGUGUGGGAUGAACCGACAUGGAUGUAUGUGAGUGUGCGUGUGACGUGAGGUCACAUGGCAGCAGUGAUGUGUUAGUUGUGUUAGGAAAUACAAAAAGUGCCAAAUGAAGAGAAAAAAAAUCCUAAAAAGAUGGCACUGGAAAUGCCCCUUCCGUCGACAUCGACCCCAGCUGCAAUUCAGAUGCAACGACUGCCAUAAAUCUGUGAAUUGUAACCAACUGUACUUAGAAUUCCUGAGGUUUGUUCUCGGAUGAUUUGGUCAAAAACUAUGUCCCACUCCUGGAAGAUAAUUCAAAGCUGAAGUUUUUUUGUUUUUUUUUAAUGGGAAGAAACCCUGCCCCUUCGGAAAGACACAUCUAUCAAGUAUUCCUCAGCACUUCUUUUAAAGUCUUCUCAAUCAAAACCUGGAGCCGUUUUAUAAUCUAAAAAAAAAAUGUCUUCUGACGCAGAGAUGAAUAAAGCUGAGACGAUGAAGUCUUCCAGAGAAUGAAUAAAUAUGCAGUCUUCCACUCCAACUCAAAAUGUGUGUGAAUAAGGAAGGAAGAUUGAUGCAUAUUAUCAUUGCUAAUCAUGACAAGGAGGAUUGGGUUUUAUUGUAAAGCCGAUGCUGAGAAUGUAGACAAGGUCUAUUGGUAUGUUGAGGGAGGUAAACGCUCAUAAUACUUUAUUACUAAAGAGUAUGAAGUGCUAUAUAAGUCACCUUUCAUAAACUAGUGACAAAUCAAAGAAAGAGACAAAUGAAUCUUGGAUUACGUCAAUCUGCUUGUGCCAAGUGUGCCUUGUAAUACACUUAUAUUUGUAUACCACAGCAGCCUACUUCAUUUCUUGUGAAUUAAUGCAAGGAAUAACAAACUCAGGGAAACUGGCUAUGGAGUAUUGGCAUCCUCGGAUAAGGCUGAGGCCCGGUUUUCACGGAGCAGGCAGCUGAUUUACGAAGGGUGUGAUUGUCAAGAAAUGGCUAAUUACUUCCAACAGUAUACAUUGUUAGGCUCUGAAAAUGUACCAACCAUUUGCUUUUGUUUUAAAGCACUGUCAUUGUCCGUGGAAAUGCUGAAAAUGUUUGCGCAGAAUCUUUAAAAUAUCAGCUGCCCAAGUGCAACAGCCUUUUAAACAGUUGACUAUUUCCCCCCCCCCCCCCCCUCGGCAAACUUUAUUGAUAAAUUAAACUUGCGUGGCUAGUGGCUAGUAUACAUUCACACCCUUUGCAAAUUUGAUGUAAGCCCCUUGAAAACUGUCCUCCGGUGCCAAUAUUCAUUUAUUUUAUAUACUACUGAAGUGCUAAAAAGAUUUUGGAGGCUGCUGAACGUGGAUUCACAAAAAGUGUGUUUCUUGGAUGACCGAUGCUUAUAAUAUACACACAUCAAAUCGAAUGUGUUAUCCAUUUGUUGAUAACAAAAAUUACAUGUUAUCCCUGUACAAAGUUGUUUUUAUACAAAAUAUGUUUUAAAAAAUGAUGAAGCAGUACAGACGAGGCUGAAUAAAAAAAUGUAGAUAGGUAAGGAUAUUUUGUAGAGUACACCAAGUGAUGUUUGACCUGUACUUAUAUUGUGUUUUACCAUUGUGUUGCAUUUUGUACUUAAAAAAUAAUGAAGAUGAUAUAUUAUGAUGAUACAUGUAUGUAAUUCUGUAGAAUUGGCCAGGUGUGAGAGUGAUUGUACCAUGUUAUUAUAAUGAGGUGCUUAAAAAAAUAGGAUUUCUAUAGUUUGUAGAUGUUAUUUUCAUUAGUUUGGAUGGAAGAAAAACUAGUAUAAAUAAUAGUGCUCAAGGGUUAGAAAAAAUAUACAAUUUUUUCAAAACUCUUUUAUGGCCACAAUUAUUCUUCCUUGAGCAGCAUUUUCAAAUUUGGCAAAAAAUUAAUCGAAUUUCUCCUUUAUAUCAUCACACAAAACAAUGAGAUCUCAUCAACUAGGAAUUUCUCUUAAUAUUUCUUUUAUUUAUAUGGUAGAAGUGAGGCUGUUUUUGUAGUAAUGGAAAUAAGACUAGGGUAGUUUUUUUUAUGAUAAACUCAUCUUGGCUAAAUUAAACAUUGUAGUAUUUAUUUAGACAGGGUUGUUAUUAUGAUAUUAAGAAAUAUUAACGUGUACAUGUAUAUUUUUUGGAAGACAGGGAGAUCGGCUAUUAUGAAGAUUUUUGCUUUAUUAUGUUCCCCCUCUCACACAAUAGAAUUUGUACCAUUGAUAAAUAUUAAAAAUUGGCCUGUAAAUUUGAAAUAUGAAAAUAUUUUGAUCGACUUCUUUGAGAUUGAGCGUACUUGAGAUCAAUUGAAUUCAAAUUCCAUGAUUUACCAACUCAAUCAAUGAACAAAUAUAGCAGAAAUUUUCCUACUGAUUUUGGCUUGACAUGAAAAUUUAAAAGUUUCACAACUUGAGUGGAUUUUAUUGUUGGAACAAUGUUUUGGCUUUAUUUCUUCAAAAUUACAAACCGUUUUUUUUCCUCUUUCAUACCCAAUAUCCCCCUUAUAUUUUUACUUUUUCAAAAUGUGUGCUCAAAUGGAUCGUUUUGGCAUAAAAAAAGAUUGUAUAUAGGCCUACACUAAACAUGGUAUUGAAUCUGGGUAGAUGAUUAUAAAUGUUUAGUGAAAGCUGUGUAUUGACAUGUUUAUGCUUUAGUAUGUUUAGAUAAAGGCUUGAAAAAAAAUAUUAUGAAAAAAAAAAAAUCCUGGCCAGUUUUUUUUUUAUGUUCCGUUUUGGAUGUAUUUUAUAAAUGUUUAUAUUUUCUUGUGUAAACUUCCAUUUUGUUCUUCCAAUGAUAAAUAAUGAUUAUGUAGACAUUUUAGCACAAAAGUGCCUCUGCUUUGAUGAAUGCAUUUUAUUUUAUUUUUCAUGUUGCUUAUAGUAUAUUCAAAGCAAUAGAUAAGACAAAUAUUUUAAUUUCAUUGUUGAUCAUUCUUCUUCGCUAUUGUUAAUGUUCAGUUUUGCACAUCCCACACCCGGGAGGUCUCAUUUUACACUUUGUACAAAGUUUGUACACUUACGAGUAGCAAACAUUUUCAGGGUAAAAUAAUCAGUUAUUUCAGUAGUAAAAUGCAUUUAAAAUGUUUCCUCUUAAAAGCUAGUAAUACGUAAUGAAUUAUUUGGUUUCUUUAUGCAAGUAUAAAGUAUGCAAAAAUAUUGUGUGAAACAGAGUAUAUAUGCAAAGUACUUAAAACCAUUUGCUGCUUUAUAUAUUUUUUUCAGUUGAUUUAGUUAUUAUGAGGUAACAUCUAUACUGCCCUUAAAAGAGUUUUUGUUUGAUAUCACACCAUUUAUGCAAAUUAAUAGCAGAAACUCAAAUAUCUUUUUUUUUUUAAUCAUGCAAAGUCUUUAUAGGGAUGAAAAGGAAAAAAUUCUAUAAUUUAAAAUAACUCAAUUGUUAAUUGACAGACUUGAAAAGCUUUCUUUUGAAUUUGGAAUAGACAAUCACGAAAAAGAUUUGAUAUCAAAUCAUUCUCACCAAGUGCCUAUUUGUAUUUUUCUAAAAAUACUUCUUGAAAUGCCAAGGUCUUGAUUCAAACCAAAGAACUGCUUAGGAUUUGAUUCCAAAGUAAAUGAAUUUUUGAAAUGAAAUGAACUCAUGAAAUCAAAGAAGUAUAACUGCAUGCAGUAGAUAUUUCUCAUCCAAACUUUUAAAUCAAAGAUUGACCUAAAAAUUCUCGAUUAAUUUUUUUCUUCUUCAAAUUUACCCAACUAUUCAUGAAGUCUAAUGUUUCAUUUCUAAAAUUUAAUCAUUUUCUUGCUGUGUUCAUGUACCAUCCCAAGAGGAUUUCAGUGAAAAGAAACAGAUUUGGCCAUAAACCUGUUAAAGACUACUUUUGGAACAUUCAAGCAUUUUGUUUGAGUCUGAUAGUUUAUACCACAAUACUACAAUAUCCCAGGAUUCAAGUGAGAUAAUUGACAUAUACUUUAGUACAAUUAUCAAAAUACUUAUUUUUCAUACCAAAAAAAAACUUAUUUUUAAAAAAUUUAUUGAUUUUGUCCUCUUGGAAUAUUUCCUGAAAAUGGCAACAAAAUUAUUACAUGGCAAAUUCGAAUCUUUAACAUUGUUGGAUUUGUGAAAAAAAUAAACAGACCAUCUUCAUAUCAGAAUACAAAAAAUGAAAAAAUGAACUUCAAAAGCUGAAGACUGCAAAUUUUAAUAUUCAUAAAUGGAUGGUUGAUAUAAGAAUAAGUGCCUUAUGCGAUAAUGAGUGCCUAUAUGAAUAAACUCACGUGGCAGUAAUUUGAUGUAUUGCAAUGUAAUUAACAUCAUUUCAACACAGAUUUUGAGUCGAUAUCGAGUAUUAAUGUGAGAGAAUUUCUUGAAAAUAACUCAACAAACCAAAGCAGGCAUUUUCAAUAAAAUCAUUCAAGAGUCGUUUGUAAUUAAUUACAUUUUUUUCACGCAGAGAUAUGCAGGAGGAAUGUUGAUUGUUGAUUAAUGAAAUAUAUGAAUAUGUAUUUUUUUCUUUUCUACUUAAAAAAAAGCAAAUGUAAAAUGUAUUUCUAAGCAUUGACAAAUUUGUCUGAAUUUUCGUCAAUUGUUUUUUGAUAUUUGUGUGAGAGCUGAUGUAUCGUCAAUAAACGAUGGAAACAGCAUAAA